AUGCAUGGUACACUGGCGGUGACAGCUGCCCAUGAUCGCUAUCUUGGCGUCACGCCGACCCAUCGUCGUCGUUCUUUACGGGAAUCUCAUCACUGGUCUCAAUGCACACUUUUGUUCAACAAGUGGUUGAGCCAAUCUAUCAAGGAAGAGCACAAGGACCCUCUCUGGGCCACUGCUGGCUCUCUUGGUAUCCUGACCUUCUCAUCCAUCAAUGCUCGUGUUCCAGAGGAGGCAUGGCCUCUCGGGACGCCCGACCCUUCCGAUCUAGAGUGGCUAAGGCUAGGAAAUGGCAAGAUGGCACUGUGGCAUCUGGCGAAUCCUUUGCGGCCGAACAGUGUCUUUCGUACUAUGUCUGAGACCUUCGCAUAUAUGCACCAACCCUUACCGGUGAAAGGCACCGAUGGCGUCUCAGCCGAAUUAGUGCAAUUGUGUGGGCUUGACGAGUCAUCAACUUUGGGAAACAAUCCUUACUUCACGGUAGUACAUGGCCUCUCACGGCUAUUUGGAUUACCAAAGGGCAAGGCUUCGCUAGGAAGAGUCCUAAUGGUCUUAAGCCAUAUGAAUGACGAGUUUGAAGCCUGCUUACGGGAAAAAGACCCUGUGGCGCUUCUGUUAUUAUGCUUGUGGUACACCAGAGCUCGUGAAAAUAAAUGGUGGAUUGACCUUCGCGCUAGAUAUGAACUGCCAGCGAUUUGCACCUACUUGCAGCGAUAUUAUACUGACAACAGUGCCAUCCAGACACUUAUACCUUGGGACAAAAUAAUGGUCUCCAAGUAG